AAAUAAACCUUCCCCCCCCGACUCCCCGCCGUUUAUAUUUUUUUUGCUUUAAAACGUACCUAAAAAAAUCAAUUGUUUUUAUUUCCGAAACGACGCCGACGAUUGCGAGAGGGAAACGGGAGGAGGGCGUUCGUGUGUGUGUGUGUGUGGCCGUCGGUGCGAGCGAUCCCUCCCGGGGUGAGGGAGCGUCCCGCCCCGGCUCUUUGUUCGGAGAGGCGGCGGUGAGACCCCCCCACCCACCGGGCGGUUGAAUGAGGCGAGGGCGGGUGUGGUAACCGGCGGCCUGUAGCGCGGUGGGGCCGCGGCUGCGGCGGUGGGCCCCGCCGGGUUGCCCUGGUAACCGGCUGCCCCUCCCCCCCUCCUCCGGGUCCCGGCGCGCCUGUCAAUCACUCCGCCCGGCUGAGCGCUUCCUCCUCCCUGCACGGAGGGAGGGAGGAGGGGGGAAGCGGCCUGAGCUCGUCCGCGGCGGCAGGAGGAGGUGCUGCUGCUGCUACUGCUGGAGUAACGAGGAGGCCGGCGGCCGCAGGAAGCAUGGGCGCUUAUCUGUCUCAACCCAACACGGUGAAGAGCUCCAGCGAGCGAUCCACCGACAAAUUCGGCUUCGGCGUCUCGGCCAUGCAAGGCUGGAGGGUUUCCAUGGAGGAUGCCCACAACUGUAUACCUGAGCUGGAUGAUGAAACUGCUAUGUUUGCAGUCUAUGAUGGACAUGGAGGUGAAGAGGUAGCACUAUACUGUGCCAAGUAUCUGCCAGAUGUUAUUAAGAAGCAACAGGCUUACAGGAAUGGAAAAUUGCAGAAGGCGUUGGAGGAUGCCUUUCUAUGCAUAGACAGCAAGCUGACGGAAGAAGUGGUAAUCAAAGAGCUUGCCCAAUCGCAGGGUCGACCUCGGGAGAUGAUGGCGAGAAGGUUGCUGAUGAAGGAUGAUGUUGAUCAUGAAGAGACUGCACUUUUGCAUGAAGAGGCUACAAUGACAAUUGAAGAAUUGCUCACCCGAUAUGGACAAAACCAGAACAGUACCAAACAUGCGAAGAGCAAAACUUCAUCUGCUAUCAAGAAACCACUGUCCAAAGUUGGAGAUAAAAACAAAACUGAGAAGGAAAUUAAUGGUGAGCUGGAGAGUAGUGAAGAGCAUGAGCGAAACGGAGAGCAAAAAAUGGGAAAAUCAGAAGCAGCUGCAGGAAUCUCCUCGAGCUCUGAUUCAGCAACCACUGGAUCCAGUUCAGAUAAAGAAUCUGCCAAGGCUGACAAGAGCUCAGAAGAGGCUGUCGUGUCAUCAUCCACAGCUGAUGCUGGGCCAUCCUGCUCCUCGUCUGAUAAAUCUCAGCGAGCAACCAAGUCAAUGUUCUUUGAGGACAGUGAGGAUGAAUCUGAAGAAGCAGAGGAAGAGGAAGAAGAUAGCGAAGAGGACUGCAGUGAAGAGGAGGAGGAAUACAGCAGUGAAGGGGGUGAAGAGGAGGAGGAGGAGGAAGAGGAUGAGGAAGACCAAGAAGAUAGUGAUGAUGCAGAAGAGGAAGAGGAUAUUAUGUUGCCUGGAAUGGAUGGUAAAGAGGAGCCUGGCUCUGACAGCGGGACAACAGCUGUUGUGGCACUGAUCCGUGAGAAGCAGCUGAUAGUAGCCAAUGCUGGCGAUUCCCGCUGUGUUGUUUCAGAGUGUGGCAAGGCUAUUGAUAUGUCCUAUGACCACAAACCAGAAGAUGAAGUGGAACUGGCCAGGAUUAAGAAUGCUGGUGGAAAAGUUACUUUGGAUGGGAGAGUGAAUGGAGGGUUAAACCUCUCUCGAGCAAUAGGUGAUCACUUCUACAAGAGGAAUAAAAAUCUUCCUCCAGAGGAACAGAUGAUCUCAGCGCUACCUGAUCUCAAAGUGUUGACGUUAAAUGAUGACCAUGACUUCAUGGUGAUUGCAUGUGAUGGAAUAUGGAAUGUAAUGAGCAGCCAGGAGGUAGUGGAUUUCAUCAGUGAACGCAUCAACAAGCGGGAUGAGAAUGGAGACUUGAGGAUGCUAUCUUCUAUAUCCGAAGAGCUGCUGGAUCAUUGUUUGGCACCUGACACGUCAGGAGACGGAACGGGAUGUGACAACAUGACUUGUAUUAUCAUCACCUUUAAACCACGGCCUGUGAAAAACCAGGCUGACUGCAGCAAGCGGAAACGCCUUGACUCGACAGACGAUGAGAAAGAAAAUGGGAAAAAGGCAAAAAAUGAAUAACUUGAAAGGGAUUGGGAAUCAACUGAGACCCAACAUCAUUGUGUAAUUAAAGAACUUGAUAUCUUUUUUUAAAAAAAAUAUAGCAAGCAAUUGCUGGAAAUUGUAUAAAAAUAAAUCUGCAGUAUUGUACAAUGUAGCCUUAGUUUGCCACCCUAGAUUACUGUGUGUCUGAAGCACACGCCCUUUAGCAGCAGUCAGUCCAGGGAUCCUACAUUGUUACUCACAGCCUGUUGGAGACAAAAACAUGUGGAUGUUUGAGUUUUUCAUUGUGGGGUUGGGAGAAGGGAAAGUUUGGGAUUAAAUGGGAUCCACUCCUUUUUUUUCAUGGAAUUUUUGAUACAGGAAAUGCUUCAAUUCACUCCACAAAGAAACUAAAUGCUUCAGAAGUCAUACUGAAUGAUAUUUUUCGAUGCAAAAAUCUGAAAUGAAGACUCCUUUUAAAAAAAAAUAUAAGGAAGGGAGUGAAAUGGCUGAAUUUGUAUUAACUGAGUUAAUUUCUAAAGUGAACAGUUCAAUUGAAUGCCGUUUGUCAAUGCUUGAAAGUGGGGAAACAGUGUCACAGUGUGAUCAUAGUCAGUGUUUUGGGCUGCCGAUUCUUUUGUGGUGGGGAUGAGGAGGAGGAGGAUGAUGUGGAGAAAAAUACUUGGGGCUUUAGAAUUUUUUCAAUAUUUCGAUUUUUAAAAAAGAAAAAAAUCAGGAGAACAUUAACAUGUUGAAGGUAUAUGAAAUUGUAAACGUAAAGGCAGUGUUGGCCCUGAAAGGGUUUCAGCUUUUGUUAAACUGCAUAUACUCAAAAUUAAUGUCAAAAGCAUCAUAGACUUCUGAAAGGUACGGAGUCAUAGUAUGAUUUGAAGCUACGUGAAUGCUAUACCUGAAAGGAACUUUCAACCACUUUUAUAUAUUAAAAAAAAAACACGAUUUUUAAUUUUUUUUAAAAAGGCUGUUUUUUGGUUGCAUUUGCUGUAUUAUAUAAUCAAAGAGUACUGUUAUUUGAGAACCUUGACAACAUGCAUUGCUGUUUAGUUCCUGGAUAAUUCUGUCCACAAUUAAUGCAUCCAAAUACCAAUUCCAUUGUUAAUGUAGGAUUUAUUCCCCUUAUUGCUUUUUGUGUUGAGAUCUGUUUUAAAUCAAACUUUCACUGUCACUUUUUUUUCUUAAGCACCACCAAGGUAAGGGCUCAGUUUUGUUUCAGUUAAGGGUCAUGGAUUUACAUUGUUGCUUCAUCUUGAUAUCAAGUUGAUAGCUCGGUUAGGGUGAGAAGGAAAAGGACAUGUUCAGCAGGUCAGGCAGCACCCAUGAAGAGAAAAACGGCCAACAUUUUGGGUCAGUGACCUUUCUAUUGGUUCUAAAUAAGGAUCAUCGACCUUAAUUCUCCUUCUCCACAGAUGCUUCUGGACCUGCUGUGUUUUUACAACCACAACAUUCUGUUUCUAUUUUGUACUUGCACCAUCUGCAUUUUUAUUUGUUUGUUUUCUGUGAAGGCAAAGGUGUGGAUUGACAUGGCUAUUCAUCAUGACCACCACUCCUGACAAAUUGUUUUUUCUUUUGUGGACCAUUAGGUGUCAUGUAGCAAUCAACAGGCCCUCCACCAUAUCAGCUUGGUUUAAUUAACACUGUUUCCCUUUUUUUUUACAGAAAAGCUGGUAUCACCAUGUUUAUGGUAAUAUUACAGCAAUCUAUUUGUAAUGCCAGUUUUCAUGGAAAAUGUACUGUUUCAUCCAAGUAAAGCACUAUGAUUGACUGAUAAUCAUGGUUAUAUGAUCAUCAAUUUUUGAUGCUUUCCAAGAACUAUCUCUGCACAGCUUCUGUUCAUUAAGUUGAAGGGUUCAAAGUGUGACAUCCUCAUGUGCAUCAUGAACCAUCAGCCUUGGUAACCCUCCUAUCUCCAAAUCAGUAAGUUGAGGGUUGAGCCACCCUCCAGCAAUGUGGUUGACGUGCCAGUGCAAUGGUGAGGGCAUGUUGCAUUAAUGGCGAUGCGGUCUUUCAGUGUUGCAUUUGUCUGCCACCUUGAUGCAUUACUUGAAGCACAGGAGGGUUUUCUGUGGAAACUUUGAUCUCAACAGUUUCUGGCCCCAAUUAACUCCUAUUAGUUCUGUUGGACCUUAUUGUGAAUAAAUUGGCUGUUGCAUUUCUCUAUAUUUCAUUAACUAAAGCCUGAAUGGCUGGAAAUUUAAGGUGCUAUAUAAAUGCCAACUCUUUCCAAUUAACAAAGAUCUGAUGUGAAGCCUUGGCCUAAUUAUUUCUGUCUCAUUGUUGUCACAGUUGUGAACUUGCUAUUGUCAUCAUAAAUUGUUGGAUAUUUUUGAGGUCUGGGAAUUUUUCUUUCCUCGGGGGGGGGGGGGUGGAAUAGGUUAUUUGCAUAGAUUAAUCGCAGUCGACAAGAGCUCUUGAUAUUCUGAUUUUAACCCUAACACCUUGUGGACUUGGGCAGUGUAAGAAACCUGUCCUGAUGUUACGCUCUGUUCUUCACAUCUUUCAUCUCCAAGUUUGCUUCAAACUGUGAACCAUGGAACUCAAGUUGGGGAACAUCAAAGUCAAACCUUGUAAAGUCUAGUAGUCUUCUUGCCAGGAUAACAACACUAACAAAUUCCUAUCAUCCCUUGGAAUAAAGGGCACACAUGCUUGCAGAUGCCUAUGGAUGAUUAGCAUAUGGUUUUGGCUGAUUACUCGUCUGUCCUAAUUGACCAUUUUAUGCACUUUACUGUGUUAUUCCUAGAUAGAUUAGAGAAUUAAUUCAACAAAAACAUUGCUAAAUGUUUUUUCCUCAGUUAUUCCUUUUCCAACUAGUUUUAACUUUACAAAGAUGGAAAUUGCAGCCUUUACUGUCUAAAGGAUGAAUGAAUGGGUCGGUGGGACUACAACUGGCUAAGGUGUACACUGUGGUUACCAGAUGUAGUGAAAGAAUCUGUGUGAGAGAAUGAAGCACUUGACCCUACCUCCUGAACAAUCUUGUACAAUGACAAGCACCUCUCAAGUCAACAAUCUCCAUUGGUGACAAAAACAAUGGCAGCACAUGUAUGGGGACACAGUCAUCUCCCAAGUUCUCGAAGCAACAUACUGUCCUGACUUGGGCAUAGAUUGUUUACCUUUCAAUCAGAAUAUCAAGUGGCAUCUGUGGAAGGAAAUGGUUAUCAUUUCAGGUCUGAGACCUUUUCAUCAGAACUGGCAAACGGAGAAAAUGAUUUCCAGUUCUGACAAAGGCUUUUGGACCUGAAACAUUAUCUGUUUUUCUAUCCAUGUAUGCUGCUUGAUCUUCUGACCGAAAGUGCUUCCAGCAUUUUCAGUUUUUGUUUCAGAUUUUCAGCAGUGACAGUUUUAAUUUUCAUCCGUUCCUUUUACCUCCAAAAAAAAAUCCCUUUCUAAUGGUACAAGUAGUUCCGCUAUAGUUACAUUCCCUAGAACAUCCUGUUACAGCAGAACAGGCUCUAGUUGCCUUCAAAGCACAGAUUUGAACAGGUUUCAAUGACCAAUGCAGCCUAAGUAAUGCAAAUAGUGUUCCCUGAUCCAUCAAUUACUUUGUAUUGGUUUAUUAUUGUCACUUGUACUGAGGUACAGUGAAAAACUUGUCUUGUGCACCGAUCAUACAGAUCAAUUCAUUACACCAAUAUGCAUUAUGGAAACGCAUGUUAUAGCAGAGCUAUCUAUUGCUGGAAUACCCUCAACACCGGUCCUGCAGAGAAAAGAGCUGGUGUGUGGUCACCAGCACCUCAAGAAAAAGAAGGGAUGUGCAGCAAAUGCUGGCUUAAUCAGUGAUAUUAGAGUAGGGUUUGCACAUUCUCCUUGUGGCCACAUGGGUUUCCUCUGGGUACUCUGGUUUCCUUCCACAUUCCAUAUUGGCCACAGUAAAUUGUCCCUGGGGAGUGGUGGAAUCUGGGGAGAGUUGGUGAGAGUGUGGGAUUCAUGUGGGGAUAAUGGCCAGCACGAACUUAGUGGGCUGAAAGGCCUGCUUCUGUCCUGUAUCUCUAAUUCACAU